AUGCAUAAUGAUAACGAUUCAUUUCGAUUGAUUGCAGUUGGAAGCGUUGUGAUAAGCGCCUUAACAAUUAUUUGCAUAAAUUUUUUUAUAUUUUUAUUUCUGACUAAAAUUGAAAGUCAAACUAUUGAAACUCAAAUUGUGGCGAAGAAAUUUCAGUUAAAAAAUAUUAAUAUUUCGAAUGUCCGAAGUCAACUUCCAUAUAAUCGUAUGGUUCGCUCAUACUGGCAUACUCACACUUGUCGAGGAUGCUACUCUUUGACAUGUCCAUUUGGACCUCCAGGACCACCAGGAAUGCCAGGAUUAGAUGGACUACCAGGAGAUCCUGGUAAUCAAGGAAAGACAGGAAUAGAUGGGUAUGACUUAGAACUUCAACCAGAGCCAGAUCUUCCGUGCACAAUUUGUCCUGCUGGACCUCGAGGACAGAGAGGUCUCCAAGGCGAACGAGGUCGAGAAGGUGCACCUGGACCAAGAGGUCCACUUGGAGAACACGGAAAACCUGGAAUUCAAGGCCUAAGAGGUCAAGAAGGAAAAAAGGGAGUACAUGGAUUAAAAGGACCACAAGGAGUUAAAGGACCUGAUGGAGAUUCAGUUAUUGCAGGUGUUGGUACUAAAGGACCAAAAGGAGCACCAGGUCCAAUGGGUCCGAAAGGUACAACAGGUUUACCAGGAAAGUCAUCGACACAACCCGGCAGACCUGGUACUCCAGGUAAAUCAGGUUUGAUUGGUCCACCUGGUGAUCCAGGGAGUAUUGGAGACGAAGGUAUAUGGGGACCACCCGGAGAACCAGGAUUCCCAGCUCAAUAUUGUGUAUCAGAUUGUGGGGUUUCUCAAAUACUCAUGCCCUCAUUUGUCCCUCCGCGAGAUCGUAUUAAACCCGAGAAAUCGGUCAGUAAUCGGCCAACGUCAGCCCCCCAUGUUUGGCCCGAAGUAUGGCUCCAAAAGUGA